UGUGAAAGAUAAGCAUAAUACAUUGGUAAUUCACACAAUUAUGCUAGUGUUAUAUUUUCUAACGAUUUGUCUUGUAGAAGUGGCGUGUUGGUGGCGUCCGCAUCAGCAUAUGUCGUGGAAUGACGUCAUUGGUGAAGAUAACAUCAACACUGGUAUACAUGGAGAUGUUUACGUAAUCGAUUUGUUUAGUUCUCAUCAUCAAAGACUCAUUCCCACUUUGCACAGUAAAGGAAAGAAAGUGGUGUGUUAUUUUUCUGCUGGUACCUACGAGAACUGGAGACCUGACCGUCACAGCUUUCCUUCUGAUGCUCUGGGGAGCGCACUGAUUCACUGGGACAAUGAGUGGUGGGUUGACAUCAGGGACUCCAGAAUUAGAACAGUCAUGGCUAGACGCAUUGCGAUGGCGAAACAACAUGGCUGUGAUGGCGUAGAUCCGGACAAUGUAGACGGCUACAGCAACCAAAACGGACUGGGUCUUACUUCCUCUGAUCAACUGGACUUCAACCGAUACCUAGCAAGAGAGGCACACAACCAUGGGCUUGCCAUCGGACUUAAGAAUGACCUGAAACAAAUCAGCUCUUUGGUUCAUGACUUCGAUUUUGCCAUUAAUGAGUCGUGUGAAAAGUAUCACGAAUGUCAUUACUAUCAACCAUUCUUUGAUGCAAGAAAGCCCGUUUUCCAUAUAGAGUAUGUGGACAGCACCUCACAAGCCCAUUCACACCGCAGUUCAAUUUGUAGCAACAGACCAUCCGACAUGAAUACCAUUAUAAAAGUGCAUUUGGACAACUUCAAAGUUGGCUGCUGAAUUCAUUACAAUGCAGUUUGUAAUUGGUUUUAUUUAAUAAAAAAAAUCUGAAGGAA